GCGCCGUCCCGGAAGUCUCGCGAGAGUCGGAGGCGGGCUGCCCUUGGGAGCGUGAUACCGGCGGGUCCCGCAGAGCGGGGUAGCGGCUGAGCCGCCAUGGCAAAGAGACUUUUCCAUCUAUACGCGGACAUCCCGGACGGCACCGACUGCCACCGCAAGGCCUACGCUAGCACCGCUAUCGGCGGCGCCGUGGGCCUGGUCACCUCCGCUUACAGCCUCGCACACUGGCCCUCGGGCUCCGUCCUCGAAGGAGUGACCAGGGCCGGACGGUACACAUUCACCGCAGCCACCAUCGGGGCUGUGUUCGGCCUGACCUCCUGCCUCAGUGCCCAAGUCCGGGAGAAGCCUGAUGACCCCCUGAACUACUUCCUCGGAGGCUGCGCCGGGGGCCUGACGUUGGGCGCGCGCAUGCACAGCUACGGGAUCGCCGCGGGCGGCUGCGUGUGCAUGGGCACGGCGGCCGCGCUCGUCAAGAUGGGCCAGCUGGAGGGAUGGGAGGUCUUUGCGCAACCCAAGGUGUAGCCCUGCCACCUCCCGGCCGGCCUGGAAUAAACCCUGUGUGUGUGACAGUG